UGAGCGUUCACGGAUGCACUGUAGUGCAUAAACGUACUUUAAAAUUGACUGCUGGGAUCUGCAUGAUUAAUAGGACACAUGGAAGGUGGCGGAGCAGCUGUUAGCUUGCUGCUAGCUGCGUAACGACCUUUAGAGACGUAAGCUUCACCAGCACAGGCUGCUAGCUGUCUGCGCUGGUUAGGCUGGGUGUUUUCCGUGGUUGCCUGCCUGCCUGCCUGCCUGCUAUCCGAGUGUUAUAUUUCAUCCAGGCCUCCCAUGGCCAAGCGAGUCAAUGAUUUAAUCUCAUUGAUUGCAUCACAAGACCAGACAGGGUGCAGCCCAAGCACAUUUACAGGGAUAAAGAAGACGGUGAAAGCCAAAAGUGAAUUGAAGAUUUACUGGGUGUCCUAAAUGGGGGACUACGGGUUUGGAGUUCUGGUGAAGAACAGCAGCGGUAACAAAUCUGCUUUCCCUGUAAGGAUCCCUCCUCACCUCCAACCCCAGCACCCACACCACCCCUCCAACCCCCCCAGCCCCCCUUCCUUCGUAAACAACACCUGCUCCACCAAUGGGGGCAGUGCUUGGCUGUUCCCUGCCGUAGCCCAACACAGUAACAUGCAAGAUGAGAUUCUGGAGUCAGACAAGUCCAAGGCCUUGGACCUCCAGGACAUGCAGGAGAAGUCUCAGGUCCAGGCCCAGCCUCAGGCCUUGUCCCCAGGCCAGCAGGAGGCUGGGGGAGGCCUAGGAGAGCUUGAGGGAGCUCUUCCUGAAGAUGGCCCUUUGGAGAAGGGUUCUCUGGAGAGCAGUGGUGGAAAGGAGAAGCUGAGGAUGGAGUCCCCUGUGCUCAGUGGGUUCGACUACCAAGACAGCCUGGGAAUGGGUACAAGCUGUGCACAGUCCACCUCCUCCUCAUCCUCACUGACCAGCUUUAACAACUGGUCCCCUGCUGUCCCAUCCACCCAGUCUCCAGUGGUUGGGGAAGACGUCGGUGGGUUCUUCGGCCCGGCUGGCUCUAACGCCAACGGACCUCCCCUGCUGUUCCAGAACUUCUCCCACCAUGCCGGCCCUGGCUUUGGAGCCGGAGGUAGUUUCUCCCCGCAAAUUGGACCAGUCUCCCAGCACCACCCACCCACACCUCACCCCCAGCACUACCACCCCCACGGUCAGGGGGUCCCACAGCAGCACCGGCGCUCUCCAGCUAGCCCUCAUCCACCCCAGCCCUCCUUCCCUCCACAUCCCCAUCGCACAGCACCGUUCACCCAGCUGCCCCACCUCGCUCCUGCCCAGAGCAAACCCCCUUCACCUUGGGGAAGCUACCAGAGCCCCUCCACUCCCACAUCCACGUCCUGGAGCCCCGGUGGGUAUGGUGGCUGGGGAGGCACGCAGGGGGUUCGAGAGUACAGGCGGGGGGUAGGUGGAGGGAUGACGGGUCUUAACUCCAUCUCUCCACUGAAGAAGUCCUUCCCCAACAACCAGGUUCCUUCUCAGAAGUUCCCCAGAAAUAGCUCUGGUUUUAAUCACAAGGGCUGGGUGGAGGACAACAUGAGCCGCAGUGACAGUGUCUACCCUUUCCAGCAGGAGAGAACACGGUCCUUUGAUGGUUUCAGUAUGCACUCUCUGGAGAACUCUCUGAUUGACAUUAUGAGGGCUGAGCAGGAUUCCUUGAAAGGACGCUACAGCUUCUCUCACCAGGGUGGAGACGGGCCUCUACCUAUGAAUGCAAGAAGUUAUGGCAGAAGACGAGGUCACUCGUCUCUGUUUCCCAUGGAGGAUGAGCGCUCCUUCGGAGAAGAUGAGUCUGGUGACCAGGGGCUUGCUGGCCUAGGUUCAGCCCACUGUUUCCCACACCUCAAUGGUGAACGUGUGGAGCGAUAUUCGCGCAAAGUGUUUGUUGGAGGGCUGCCCCCAGACAUAGAUGAAGAUGAAAUUACUGCCAGUUUCCGCCGAUUUGGUCACCUGUUUGUUGACUGGCCUCACAAGGCAGAGAGCAAGUCCUAUUUCCCACCAAAAGGAUAUGCAUUCCUACUGUUUCAAGAUGAGAGCUCUGUUCAGGCCCUGAUUGAUGCCUGCAUUCAGGAGGAUGGCAAGCUUUACCUGUGUGUCUCUAGUCCCACCAUCAAAGACAAGCCUGUUCAGAUCCGGCCCUGGAACCUAAAUGACAGUGACUUUGUAAUGGACGGCUCUCAGCCAUUAGACCCGAGGAAAACUAUCUUUGUAGGAGGUGUCCCUCGUCCCCUUCGUGCAGUGGAGCUCGCCAUGAUCAUGGACCGUCUGUAUGGUGGAGUCUGUUAUGCUGGGAUUGACACAGACCCCGAACUCAAGUAUCCAAAAGGGGCGGGGCGAGUAGCCUUCUCCAAUCAGCAAAGCUACAUUGCAGCCAUUAGUGCCCGAUUCGUUCAACUGCAGCAUGGGGAGAUUGAUAAACGGGUGGAAGUGAAGCCAUAUGUUCUGGACGACCAGCUGUGUGAUGAGUGCCAGGGCACCCGCUGCGGGGGGAAGUUUGCUCCUUUCUUCUGCGCCAACGUGACCUGUCUGCAGUACUACUGCGAAUACUGCUGGGCGGCCAUCCACUCCCGGGCCGGCCGUGAGUUCCACAAGCCGCUGGUGAAGGAGGGAGGGGAUCGACCACGACACAUCUCCUUCCGCUGGAACUGAGGCGAGAGGGCAAGGGAGGGAGAGGAUGCAGGAUCGGGGAGGGAUUGAAAGACAGGGGGUAGUAAGGGAAGGGGUACGGGCAAUGACAUGAAAAAUAAAUGCACUUUUCUUUUUAAGUUUAAAAAAAAAAAUCUUAAUUUAUUUUUUAUUUUAUUUCAUUUUAAUUGGGCCUUCUAAAAGAAGUAAAUGCUAAGAAGAGAGUGAAAUCCCAUUUAUGUUUUGACUUUAAGUGUGCAUGAGCAUAUGGAUGCAUUAGAUUUGGAUUUAGAUGUUUUCUGACUUGACUGUACUUUUCUUUUCGUGUUAGCUGGCAAAGCUGCUUACAUUUGUUGUCAAGAGUAACAUAAAAUUUAAGUGAGGUUCAUCAUACCUAAAUCAGUAUACUAACUAUGGAAGUUGAGUUUAAGAAGGGUGCAUUUUCUUACUUUUUGCUUGCAGGAUUAGAGAACAACUGUACCAUUUACCAAAGGUUGAGUGCAAAUGGUUGGGUUGAACAGAGGAGGAACGCCGUUUCCGACGGUCAGACGAUUGAGUUUUUCUAAGAAGCUCACGUGUACAGCAUCUGGCCACGUCACAAAACAAAAUCUCCCCUCAGUCUGGCACACGUGUUUCGAUUGCUGGCAUGAGUUUUUAGGUUUUGGUUUAAAAGUCGACACUUUGUAACCAGAAAGGGCAAACCAAAGAUUGGCCUAAAACGCAUCAUCAAAAGCAGAUGUUGAUCUGAGGGUUUUCAGGAUAAUGUUGUGUCCUCCUGUCAUUCGGCAGAGGAAAGGCUGGAGUUGUCUGGAGUUUCGGUUUGUGGGUGUCGGCGAAUAAAGACACAGCCCUCAGGGCUCAGGUAUUGGCAGUAGUAUUUGCUCACUUUAUAUUGUCAGGGAUAUUAGCACUGGAAGCUAACAUGCUAAUGUAGUACAAACUAAUGGGAAUGCACAGUCCAGUCUCCCUGAGCUGUCCUCAUGGUGUACCACUGCACGCUCUACCAUGACUGGAGCUUCUAUCACAAGUGUUGUGGUUGGAUAUGGUAGUAGCUAGAAUUUGCUGUCACAGAGAUAAAGAUAUUAUUUUAUACAUGGCCUGCUGAUUUUUGUACAGUGUUUUAUAGCUGAUUAUUUUGUCAUGAACAUAUAUACAUUUAUUAUGCACUACUUUUCUAAAUAUUUUUUUCAAUAGUCAUUUUAGGCACAUUUUUCACAGAUGGGAGAACUCCUUUUGCAAUACCUCAUUUUUUUCACUUGGUGAAAAAUAAUUUUGUACCUUUGUUACUAAGAGAUCUGCAUUUAUGGUAAACUUAAUUUAAAAAAGAAAAUGAAUGAUAUUAAUAUAAUUUUCAAUUAGCUUUUAUAUAUUUAAGUGCUGGUAAAUCUGAAAAUUGUCUGGUGCAUUGGUGUGAUUCUGUAGAUAAAUUAAAAAAAAAAAGAGGCUUUCAUUAGCCAGUCAUAUAUGGAUUCUCCUCUGUCCUAAUAAACAUAAUUACAGGAUCCUAAGGCAUGACAAGACCUUUCUAAACUGAUUUUGAUAGUCUUGAAAAUAUAUUCUGAUAUUUCGCUCCUAGGUGUAGUCAUUAAGGUUAUCAAUAGGGUAAAUGUUUUGGCUUUGGUCAAUGUGAAAUCUUCCCUUCUAUCACCGGAGUGGAUAUCAGCUGUUUGAAUAUUUAGAUCUUCUUUCUGGGACUGCCUGUAAGUUCUACUUAUUCUUGGCAUGCAUAAUGUAAUACAGAAAUAACAUGGCUAGUGUUAAUGCAGGACCUAAUGUAAUGCACUAGAUCUCCUUUUUCCUUUUUAACUUUCUUUUCCUUAUCUCUUUGAGAUCACCUCUCUUGUAGCCUCUCUUUACAUGAUGGAGUCUGCCUUCCUUACACAGACAUGAUGUUUAUGCAAUCUACACAGUGACAACACUUUGGAUGCGUUUUGUAAUGUAGAGGACACUCAGUAGGACAUAGGUGAGGAGACUUGAUCACUUGACCCCCUUUGUGAUGUGGCAUGCUUUGGGACAUAACCUGAAUGUGAUUUAAUGUUGCAAGUUAACUUUGAGCCAUUAUGUGCAAUACUUAUUCUUUCCAGAAACAAGUCUCCGCAGUGUAAGUCAUUUAAUCCAUAUAAACCAUGCAGUCAUUUACACAUUAUUUGUUUCCUAUUGUUCAUGCUGAUGUCUGCAAGAAAAAAAAAAACUAAUUUAUACCUGAAUUUAUUUUUAAACAUUAGUUUUGUGCUUAUUUACUUAUUUUGCUACAACCAUGCUACUGUGAUUGAAAACAUUGUAUAUACUAGGUCGAUAAUGUAUUUAGCAUUUGCUAUAUUUUCAAUUGAAAUGUAUAACUAUCAUUUUGAUCAGAUUUUUGUUAUAUUUUUUGGGGUGAUGUGUUAAACUCGUUGAUGUGUCUAGUUUUUCUAAUUGCUGUAUUGUGCUCCACAUUUUCAGAUGAAAAGAAUAUUGAUUAUGUCUGUUAGUAUUACUUGAUUGCAAAAUUUCAAUAGUUUUUAAUUGUAUGCUGGGAAGGUUAUAUUUAUUAACUUUUUUUUUUUUUUUUUUUUACCUGAUAUCAUUUUGAUUUUUAUUAAGUCAUUUCACAUUUAUACGUAAGUUCCAAUUUUUAUAUUUUCUUCCUGAUUAAUUUACGCUACAAUACAGACGUCAGUUUUUAUAGUUGGUUUGUAGAAUUGAAGUAAAACAAAGAUCUAAUGUCAUAUAUUCAUUUGCUGCCAACUGUUUGUAACUGUAUGCAUACAUUUGAAGUAUUUGUAAUGUGAGUUGUUGAACGAAUAAAACAGCUGUGAGGAAGAAUU